GAUCAUAUAAGUUGUGGCAAUCAGUGAUGGAAAGAAAUAUUUCUAUUCUUGCAGGGCUUGAAUUUUUUCUAGUGCCAACGUAUUUGUUAUGUGUACUUUUAUAAUAUUUGUAUUAUAAUUAUUUCAAAUUCAUAAUGAAUAUUAUAUAUGAUACAGAUUUCUUAACAAGAUAUUUGUUUGACAUGUUAUUACGAAUUAUUUUAGUGAAAUUACUUAUAUAAACUUUUCAACAAAAACAUACUUAUUAUACGUAUUUCUAUACGUACUUCUAUAAUAUUUAUGUUAUAAUAUUUAAAAUUUCAAAUUCAUAAUGAGUAUUAUAUAUAGUAAAGAUUUUUUAGUAGGAUAUUUAUUUGAUAUAUUAUUACGAAUUGUUUUAGUGGGAUUAUUUAUUGAAUUAGAAAAAGCAGAACCAUUUACUAGAAUAAUUCAUGAAGAUGAAUUAUGGUUAUAUAAAAAACCAAGAACAGAAUCUUAUGUUCCAACUACUAUAUUAUGGCCCUUAGUUUUCAUAAUGCCUGUUAUAGUAAUUUUUUGUGUUUUUCUGGUCUACAAAGAUAAAACUGACAUUUAUCAAGCAGUAUUAGCUGUCACUUUAGCAUUAGGAUUUAAUGGUGUUAUUACAGAUAUUAUAAAACUUAUUGUUGGUCGUCCUCGGCCAGAUUUUUUUUGGAGAUGUUUUCCUGAUGGACAGACAAAUCCAGAUUUCAAAUGUAAUGGAAAUCCAGUUGUUAUAAAAGAUGGAAAAAAAUCAUUCCCAAGUGGUCAUUCUUCAUUUGCAUUUACAAGCUUUGGUUUUAUUGCAUUAUAUAUAGCUGGUAAACUACAUACAUUUAGUCUAGGCAAAGGGCAGUUAUGGAAAUUAUUUGCAUUUGUGUUACCAAUUUGUAUUGCUCUUUUAAUUGCAUUAAGUAGAACUUUUGAUUAUCAUCAUCAUUGGCAAGAUGUGGUUGUAGGUUCGAUAAUAGGAUACUUUUUGGCAUAUAUGUGUUAUAGAUACUAUUAUCCACCUUUAGAUUCACAGGUAUGUCAUAAACCAUAUGCUGCUCUUAAUCAAAUUCAGGUGGAAAAUACAAGAAAUAAAAAUGAACAAAUCAAAUGGAUUUAAUAAAAAAAGACUAAGGAUUAAAAUAAUUUAAAAUAUAAAAAUUCCAUACUUUUAUUUUACAUUAUUUUUUUUUUAUACAUUAUUUGUAAAUGUAACAAGUAUAUAAAUAUAUACGUUUUUAUGAAUAGAUUGUAAAUAUAAAUAAACAUACUAAUGUAUUUAA